GGAGGCAAAAAGAAGACGUUUCCCUCCUCUUGCAAUCCUAGCCGUCCAGUAGGAACGCAGGGUUAGUCGAGAGGAGAUAAAAGAGGCUUGAAGCAUACUCUCCAUCGCUGCGAUUUGCAGAGACCCGACACCAUGAACUCGCUCUCCAUUUCAACUCCUUUCACACCCCGCUCUCUGCUAUCGUCAACAGCUCCCACACCCCUUAAACUGCGCACCUCUCUCCAUAAAUCCCCUCGUCUCCCAAUCCAAGCCUAUAUCUCGUUGUCCUCCACCACGAGGUCACGCGACUCCCUCCCAAAAUCCCUGAUCGAUGCUGGGAAUCUAGGGUUAGGGUUUGAGCUCGAUCCCUGCCCUUCGUUCUACUCGCCUUCGUACUCCGCUCCUCCGGCGCCAUCGACUGCCGCGAGAGGCGCGGAAUCCGAUGUCAUGGGGCUGUUGCUGAGGGAGCGGAUUGUGUUCUUGGGAAGCAGCAUUGACGAUUUCGUCGCGGACGCGAUUAUAAGCCAGCUGCUGCUUUUGGAUGCUCAGGACCCCACCAAGGACAUCAGGCUCUUCAUCAAUUCGCCUGGCGGGUCACUGAGUGCCACUAUGGCUAUUUAUGAUGUGGUUCAGCUUGUGAGGGCGGAUGUUUCCACCGUUGCUCUUGGGAUUGCAGCAUCUACAUCUUCUAUCAUCCUUGGCAGCGGCACCAAAGGUAAACGGCUUGCAAUGCCCAACACUAGGAUAAUGCUUCAUCAACCUCUUGGAGGUGCCAGUGGGCAAGCAAUAGAUGUGGAAAUUCAGGCCAGAGAGAUCAUGCACAACAAGAAUAACGUCACUAGAAUCAUCUCUAGUUUCACUGGCCGACCGUUUGAACAAGUCCAGAAGGAUAUCGACAGAGACCGUUACAUGUCUCCGAUUGAAGCUGUUGAGUAUGGCAUCAUUGACGGAGUUAUCGAUCAGGAUUCCAUCAUCCCUCUCAUGCCUGUGCCGGAGAAAGUAAAACCCAAACUGAAUUACGAGGAGAUAAGUAAAGAUCCGAGGAAAUUCUUGACGCCAGAAAUUCCUGAUGAUGAGAUAUAUUAGCUGGCAGGAAAUAGUAAGCCGGGUAAGGCUUUUUCCAAAGUCUUUCUUUUACAUUGUCAUUGCCGAAAUAGCUGGAAAUGGGAUCGUGAUCUUGAUUGCCUUGUACAACGUAACUUUUUUAGUGAUUAAAAACUCCCCACAUCAAAUUCUAACUGUUA